AUGGUUUGUAUGUCAGAUUCUGAGUUAUCAGAAGAUCUUCGUUGGAAGAAUCACGAACAGAAAGUUCGUCAACGUAAAUUAAAUAGUUGCAUUUCUUUACCAAGUGUUAAACUUUAUUAUUCAUCUACAAAUAAUAAAAACACCACGACAAAAUCUUUACCAUCGCAAACACCUCCACUUUUACAUUCUUCCCCUCACCCAUCUUCUUCCUAUCAACAAAAUCAGCGACAAAAUAGUUAUUUUCCACAAAUUUCAAAUCAUUCAAAUCAAUGGAAUCAAGAAUAUUAUCAAUUUAGUAGCUCGACUUUAAAAUUAAACGAACAUGAUACGUUUAAUAAACUUCAACAAUUUGAAAUCGAAAAUAAGAAAUUACGAGAAUAUAUUCGUGAAAGGUAUGGCACAGAGGCCGAGAAAGAAGCUGAUUUUGUUGUGGCAGAUUGGAAUUAG